AUGUCUCAAGACUUCGAUGUGACGAAGCUCCCGCUCGAAGUCCUCCGCGCCGAACUGGACCGCCGAAAAGAGAAGCCAACAUGCGGUACGCCCGGAAAACAGGGCUCCUACAACACGGGCAUCCAUGUGUUUGCCUUGUUCCUGCUCCUCGGGCUGAGCACGCUAGCAUGCUCGUUCCCGAUCAUCGCACGGCGGUUCCCUAACCUCCCGAUCCCGCACCGCUUCCUGUUUCUGUCGCGACAUUUCGGCACGGGGGUCCUGAUUGCGACGGCAUUCAUUCAUUUAUUGCCCACGGCUUUCAUAUCCAUGACCGACCCGUGUCUGCCGGACUUUUGGAGCAAGAAUUACACACCCAUGCCGGGGUUUAUCGCCAUGAUGGCAGUGUUUGUGGUAGUUUCGAUUGAAAUGUUCUUUGCAUCGAAAGGAGCCGCCCAUAGCCAUGGAGGUGAAUGGGAUGGGCUACCAGAACCCAGUCACAGGCCGACCCGAGGGAACGGUCGCGUCUCUUUGAACCAGACAGGCACGCCUCUGACACCUUACACUGAUGGGACCCCAAAAACUCGGCAUUCCAUGUCCAGCGAAUCGGACUCCGACGACCUCGACGACUUGGAUCCGAUAGCAGAACAAUCUGCACCCUUCAGUCACCCUCACAGACGAGCCUCGUCACAACAUGAUAACCACGCGCCCGCCGAACAAAAUCCCCAAAGACUGUUCCUCCAAUGCUUGCUGCUCGAAGCCGGCAUUCUUUUCCACAGUAUCUUUAUUGGAAUGGCGGUCUCGGUAGCCACAGGCACGGAAUUUGUGGUCUUACUGGUGGCGAUCUGCUUCCACCAGACGUUUGAAGGGUUUGCUUUAGGAUCCCGGAUUUCUGCUCUGAUUCCGGCCUUGUUCGACGCCCGCAGUCCAAAGCCGUGGCUGAUGGCAUUGGCUUACGGAGCCACCACCCCCAUUGGCCAAGCCAUUGGGAUAUGGAUGAAUGAGCUCUACGACCCGGCGUCUGAGGUGGGCUUGUUGAUGGUUGGCAUCACUAACGCUAUCAGUAGUGGCCUCUUACUGUUCGCCGGACUUGUCCAGCUGAUUGCGGAGGACUUCCUCAGCGAGAAGAGCUAUGAGAUCCUCAAAGGACGCAGGAGGGUUGAGGCUUGCCUUGCCGUUGGCCUGGGUGGGCUCUUGAUGGCUAUCGUGGGAGCUUUUGCCUGA